CGGAACCACUGUGCGCGCUCCGCGGCGCAGCCCGGGCCGGGCUGGCGAACGCACCGGCGCGGGGGCGGCCAUGCUGCGCUGCGGGACGGCGGUGCUGCGGAGGGCGGCGAGCGGUGGCGGCGGGCACGGCCAGGGCCAGGGCUCCAGCUUAGCGCAGCCGCUGGAGCCGUCGCUGCUGCGGUUCCUGGUGUGCCCGCUCUCCAAGCGGCCGCUGAGGUACGAAGAAGCUACCAACGAGCUCAUUAACGAGGAGCUGGGCAUCGUGUACCCCAUCAUCGACGGCAUCCCCAACAUGAUCCCCGAGGCUGCCAGGACGACUCAGAAGAAGCCGCCAGCCGAGGGCUCGAAGGAGUCAGAGCAGUGACGGAACUGAUGGCUGGAGGAGGCCUGCUCCCCUCCCUGCCCACCCUGACUGUGCUCAUUCCCCUCCUGUCCCUAGCAGGCUUGUUUUACUCAGCCAGCGUUGAUGAAACCUUCCCACAGGGCUGCACUAGCACCAACAGCUUGUGUUUCUACAGUCUCCUGCUCCCUGUUACAAUACCGGUUUAUGUGUUUUUCCACCUGUGGACCUGGAUGGGGAUUAAGCUUUUUAGGCACAACUAGUGUGAGGUGUUUGCUAAGCCCUGGGCUUCUCUAAAGCAGUGCAGUUUAUUUCAUCUAAUCAGGUAUUGAAGUUGAUUUGAGAGAGUUCCUUCCUGGCACCAGUGACUCAUCAUUUUCCUAGUAGUAUCUGGAACUGUAUUAAGUCAUCUGCAGCACCUUAUUACUUAAUUACUGCUAAGGCAGAUAAAGAGGAGGAAUAACAAGAAGCACUGAUUCCUUCUUGUGUAUUCAAGUGGAUUUGUAGUGGCACUAAUGAAGAUCUAGGUAGUGAGCAUUUUUAUGGGGAAGAACUUAUGAAUGAAAUAACUGAUCUUAAAUAAUAAGCAAUGACAAGAUGCAGCAAUAUGAAUCUCUCUUUGAAUUAUGAGCUUUGGUUUUGUUUUGAAUUGAUGUGCGUUAUUGAAAUGUCCCACUGUCAGAAGAAUAUGAAAUAAAUUAGUCAGAUGUUUAAUAACAA